CCCGGCCCGGCCCUGGGACCCCAGGCCCUGGUCGCUGCAGCCAAAUGCCAGGGGCCCGCCCCCUCCUUUCCAUCCCCUCACCCAUCUUCCAUUUCCUUAUCUAGGAACCCCACCACCAGAAUUUGGACUCCAGCUCACAUCCACUCAUUUUAGGACCCUCAAACAUCGCUUCUCUCCUUCCCAUCUUCUCCCCCCCCUUCUCCCCCCUCCCCGCUCAUUCCGGGACUCCUUCUCCUCCCAUUCCUGGAGUCCCCUUUCCUCCGCCCCUUCCCCUUCGCCUCAUCCCCUCUCACAUCCUGGAAACACGCCUAAAUCCUUGCUUCAUCUCGUCUUUCUCGUUAUGGAGCAGAACGGCGGCCUUUUCCCACUUCAGCACCAAGAACAGCCCCUUUUCCUGCCUUUUUCUCACCCGCUCUCCCAGUCUCAACCCCUCUACUUAUCUCUCUCUCAGCAGGACUCCCUUCCUCUUUCCCAAUCUCUCUCUCAGCCCCAGCCCCUUUCCCAGCCCCAACCCCUUUCUUUGCCUAUUCCCCAGCCUCUGUCGCUACCUUUGAAUCAGCCUCUGUUCCUCUCGCAGCCUCUUUCACAGCCGUUGCCCCUUUCUCAGUCUUUGUCUGUUUCCAAGCCCUUAUCCCUCUCCAAACCUUUAUCUCUGUCCCAAUUUCUGUCCCUUCCUCUUUCCCAGGCUCUACCUCUCUCCCAGUCCCUGUCCCUAUCCCUCUCCCAGCCUUGGCUCUGGUCUGGGCUCCAACUGCCACCUUCACUAUUCUUGCUGCUGCUGCUGCUCUUUGUGCUGUGCCCAGGGGCUGGGGGCCUCUUCCUGACUGAUUACUCCACCUGCUCACCCCGAAAGCUGAGUCCUUUUCGCUCCUUUGCCAGCACUGAGCUCUUCCACUUCCAUGUCCCUGAGGACACGGUCCUGGCUGUCUGGAAUCUCAUCAUCUUCAAGGAACAGGGGGGCACCUUUGGGGACCAUUGCCCAGACCAAAGUGUGACUGUGUAUUUCCGCUCAGGAGCACCUCCUGUAAUAAACCCUUUGAACACACACUUUCCACCGGAUACAGUGGUGCCAGGGGUCUUCUCAUUAACUCUAAGCUGGACUUUGCCCAAUCGAACUUCAGGAAUCUUCAAUGUCAGCAGCCCCUUGCCUGGGGACUGGUUCCUGGCUGCUCACCUUCCCCAGGCUCAUGGACGCAUCUCUGUCAAGGGUCUUCAUGAUGAGUGCCAGUACCUCCUUCAACCCCAGUUGAUUGUCCGUCGAUUGCUCGAUGUUGCUGUCCUGGUUCCUGGUCGUCCUUCAGAGCAAACACUUUCCUCUCAUAACCGUUCAGCUCUGUUCAAGGUCUUUGUCCCCAGUUUCACCUCCAGGGUCUCCGUUCAGCUGAAGUGUGUGGGAUCUCGUGGAGGCAAUGGCUGCCCCCUGAUGAUGCAUCUGCGCCCCAAGGCACCUCCCCUGCACAACUCAACCUCUGUGGCCUGUGGGGAAUUGGCCCCAUGUGGGCUGGAGCUGGCCCUGCCUCCUUGGGGGGACUGGGUUUAUGUACGCGUGGAAACACCACGGGGUCUCCCUGGAACCCUUCGAUUCCAGCUGUGUGUGCAGCUACAAGAGUGCCCCCAACAUGGCCUGUCUCGAGCCCUGGUACCUGGAGCAGCCAUGAACAUGCCCCAGUCUCUGGGUACUCAGCUGCCCCCUCAGGAGAUACCACCUUUGGGAGCCCCUGAGGAAGGAUCUGGGAGCACAUCUCCUCCUGACCACUGCUGGCCAGUGCGUCCAACAUUGCGGAAUGAGCUGGAUACCUUCUCUGUCCACUUCUACAUCUUCUUUGGCCCCAGUGUGGCCCUUCCACCAGGACGUCCAGCUGUGUUUGCCUUGAAGCUCCUGCCUGUGCUGGACAGUGGAGGGGUCCUGACCCUGGAACUACAGCUCAAUGUGAGCUCACUGCUCCAGGAAAAUGCCACUGUGUUUGGAUGCCUGACUCAUGAGGUACCUCUGAGCUCAGGUGACACUUCUGUGACCUGCUCCACAGAAUCCCUGGCUGGCUUCAUUCUCUCUGUCAAUGCUGCUUCUAAAAUCUCCAGACUGCGAAUCCCUUUUCCCCAAACAGGAACUUGGUACCUGACUCUCCGAUCACUGUGUGGAGCAGGCCCGUGGUUUGAACGCUGUAAGAAUGUCACUGCUGAGGUCCGUCUCCGGACCUUCCUGUCCCCAUGCAUUGAUGACUGUGGCCCGUAUGGUCAGUGCAAACUUCUGAGGACACAUAACUACCUGUAUGCAGCUUGUGAGUGCAAGGCUGGCUGGCGUGGCUGGGGCUGUACGGACAGUGCAGAUGCUCUCACUUAUGGAUUCCAGCUUCUGUCCACGCUGCUGCUCUGCUUGAGUAACCUCAUGUUUUUGCCACCUGUGGUUGUGGCCGUUCGAAGUCGCUAUGUGCUGGAGGCUGCGGUCUACACCUUCACCAUGUUCUUCUCCACAUUCUACCAUGCAUGUGACCAGCCGGGCAUUGUGGUUUUCUGUAUCAUGGACUAUGAUGUUCUACAGUUCUGCGACUUCCUGGGCUCCCUCAUGUCUGUGUGGGUCACGGUCAUUGCCAUGGCUCGUUUGCAGCCUGUGGUCAAGCAGGUUCUUUACCUGCUUGGGGCCAUGCUACUGUCCAUGGCUCUGCAGCUUGACCGACAUGGCCUCUGGAACCUUCUUGGACCUAGUCUCUUUGCCCUUGGGAUCCUGGCUACGGCAUGGACGGUGCGCAGCGUCCGCCGCAGACACUGUUACCCUCCGACGUGGCGUCGCUGGCUGUUCUACUUGUGCCCGGGCAGCCUCAUUGCUGGCAGUGCAGUUCUCCUCUAUGCCUUUGUCGAGACACGGGACAAUUACUUCUACAUCCACAGCAUCUGGCAUAUGCUCAUUGCAGGCAGCGUGGGCUUCCUGCUACCCCCUCGAGCCAAAUCCGAUGGCAAAGUCCCCCCCCUCUCCAGGCCCCGGGGAUGCGGGUACCAGCUCUGCAUCAAUGAGCAGGAGGAGUUGGGCUUGGUGGGGCCAGGUGGGCCUUCCAUCAACAGCAUUUGUGCCAGCUGACACCUGUCCCCGAGCAUACUGUCCUCCGUGGGGACGUUGAACACCCCGAAACACACGACCUAUUGUUGGGGACCUGGAGUCCUCCUUGAGAAUGUGGAGCUCAUCAACAUGGGGACAGAGAGCCCUCUUAUGGACGCAUGGCUUUGGGGGCACAGAGCUCUCCCUUGGGACAUGGAGUUUGUCCUGGGGGCACAGAACUCACCUUGGAAGCACCCGUUCCUCCCCGUGGACGUGGAGCCCACAGGCCCCAGAAAUAUUGACUUUUCCAACAACUGUGGCCAUCUAUUGCUUCGUGCCAGAUUCCUGACCCAGUUGCACAGUGUCUCACCCUUUGUCUUUGAGUGGAUAUAACAGAUGGAGGAGUAGAAGGAGACUUGAGGUGGAGUGCAGUGGCUCUAGAACUGGAGUGUAUUUCCAAUGAAAUGUGUGCCACCUCUUCCUUUAGUCCUAUAUUUUUGGACAUGUAGAGAUUGGGGGUCAGAAAAUAGAAUAUGGGUUAAAGGUCAGAGGUAAAGCGGCACCUUCUUUGCUUUCCUGGUCCUAUUGAAUAUUCUUAUGAUUAAAAAGGUCACUGUGAAUGCUAGAUAUCACAUCAGGAAGAAAAAACAAAUGAAGCUUCUCCUCAUCCCCAUUACAUUCUGUAAAUCACUAACCAUGUGCAGUUCUGGGCACGAGAUCUUAGAUAGCGGGAUGCUGGAUGCUCUUGUCUAAGAAGAGUUUAGAAAAUCCUUAAGGUGGAGGUGGAGAGACAUAGAACUUGCUAACUCAAACUCCAGACUUUAGAAUGAGGGGCAACACCUCUUUUAGGAUUUGCGGGCAGAUUAGGACAAAUAAGCUGAUACAGCAGGGUGUGGUGGGUAGAUAGCUGGUUUCUGCAUUGAGAAGUUCUGCCUUAGAGACAUGCUUCUGGAACAUAAUGUUUGGGUGACUUUAGAAAAAUCACUUAAUCUCUCAGUGGCCCCUAGAAAUUUUCUAAGACUUACUUGUAAAGCAAGUGAUCAUCUACACUGAGAUUUUCCUACACUACUGAAAUCAAAGGUUCGAUACAAACAACAAGGACUAUAUAUAAGUAAUAUAUUAUGCCUGAGACAUGGUCAAGCCUGAAAACAUGAACAGGUUUAAGGAAGGUUUUGAUAAAUCCCUUAAUGUCACAUCCCUAAUGGGGCAGUCAAAGAUGUUUGGAGAUACCCCUCAUCUGGGAGGGUAACAUCACAGAGAAUAUCUGGCCAUCCCCAAGACUCACAUUUCUCCAGAGCCAAAAUCCUGAGUGGGGAUCACAUAGUUCACCCAGGAGAGCAACAAAUUAUGGCUCUGUUAUUUUUUGAGGAUUCUUUGCUCAGAGGUGACCCUACAUCACAAGAACACGUACUUUCCAGGGCAAUAGACUACACACCUAUCCACUGACCCUUUGAGGUUUUCAGCUUUGACAAACUACCAGAUCAUCCUUUUCUUGUAGAAUCCAGGAAAAUCUCACCUACCCUCAUUCUUACCUGCCACUACUGGGAACUAUCACCAGGGGACGCUUGGUUUCUAAAACUCAGCCUUUUCCCCUAAGAUCCUGGGUUUUGAAUUGAAAGUGAUCUUGUGUUACAGAUGAUGAAACUAAAACCUUAGUGAAUAACUUGCUCAAGGACACACAGGAAAUAAGUAUUAGAACCAAGAUUUGAAACUUCUGCCUUCAUAUUCAGUAUUCUGGAUAUUCAUCUGCAUUUAAAAAAAGUCUUUACUGCCAGGAAAAAAAUAGGGAUCACAACAAAAAAAUGAAAAUGGGGGAAAUGUAGGUGUAGAGCUUCAAAUGAGAGAAUGUCAAACCUUCAGGUGUGUCAUUCAUACUGAAGAUUACAUGUUUGGAUUGCUCUGACUGAUUCUUAGUCUAAAUCUAGUUUUCAUUGGAUUCUUUGGGAAUUUUUAUAUCCCCUUUUUGGGUUGGAGGGGUUGUCCUUGCCUCCCCUUCUCUUCAGAAAGAGGAACUUUUCCUAUGUUUCCAUGUCCCAUCUGAUUGAUGGGUAGAAUAGUUGCUAAGGGCAACAAUAAGCUGAAGUGUCAAUCAUCUCUGAUUUGUUUAGGAAGGUUAGAAGUCUUAAUGAAUGCUACCAAAUCUGCCGUUCAGAGUUGGAAGUGACCCAGCAGUCUUUUGGUUCAACCUGCCCAAGAAUUCCCUUUAUAACAUGCUUGACAAAUCCAACCUCACCUUUCUGGAGUACACAUAUUGUUUAUCAAGUCUAUGAUGUGUACAAAGUUUGAGAGACAUAAUUUCUGGGUAACUAAUUAUGGCUAGUGAAUAAUUAAUAAAAGAUGGUCAUUUGGCUGUCUCUGGUAAACCAAAGAUCCCUCCUGGAGACUUCUUAACACUUAUAUACUCUUGGAAGAAUAACGAGUGUUCCCAAUAAGUGGCAUUUAACUCUGAGUGAUUAACAAUUAAUGAAUGAUUAUUAUUAUAAGAGGCAAACCUAUUCUAAAGAGAAAUCAGGGACCAUGACUUUGAUUAUGUCAAUUUUAUCUCUAUUCAGAUCACUCCCAGCUCACUAUCUCCACCCAACCUUGUCUCGAUAGAACUCAAUGACCCCAAAUUCUACUAGAUUAGGAUACAUUUUGAUGUAUCUAAACUUUCCCAGUUAGAAGAAAGUUAAAUCCAAUCUCAUUAUCAGCCCUAUUCCUCAGAGGCUGAUUUGACAUAGUAGAGAAUGAGGAAAUAGGAAGGGAAAAAAUCCUGAAUCACCUCAAUAGUAAUUGGUUAUUAACUUGAGAGAUAGAAUCAUUUCUCUCGAACCCGUCUGACGUUAUCCCUUGGUCCUAGUUUGGCUCACUGUGCUCAAGCGGGCCAAUCUAAUCCCUUUUCCAUGUCUUGUGUCAGAGUGGAAGCUUGGUGUGUCUCUUAGAGAGUCCCCUUCACCCCAAGGAGGCACAUCUAGAUCCAAGAGUACACACAGAUGCAUUCCAGACCCUCGACUGCAAGUUCAAAGAGUUUUGCAGACACUAGUAUAAACAUGCCUCCAUGUAGAGAGCACACUUAGGGGUGCACAAGCGCAAUUCUAGCUAUGUAUAGACAUAUUCAGAUGUAUAUACACGCUCCCUGAAUAAAGAGCAGCUUCUUAGGGUCAUAUGGUCAUGGAUAUGGAGUUCAAAGGACACUUAGUCUAACUCAUUAUAGAGAUGAAGAAACUUAGAUUGAGUGACUUGCCCAUUAUAAACAGAGUCUACGGUACUUGUAGGACACAUGGUUAAAUGUAACGCAGGACCAGGGAGCUAUGCUAGGCCCUUCUCUGGGAGUUAACAGGGUACAGGGAAAAUGUGGAGUUCCAAAAUUCUGAUGUGAGUGAACUAGAAUCCAGGAGAAGGAAAAAACUUUAUUAAAAAGUUUAAAUCAGCCUCAAGUUCAAUGACUUUUUAGGAACCAGGUCAGGAUAGCUGCCACCUCCAUAUCUCUUGGGGCUCUCCUUCCCUUUUAAUGUUUUGAUAGCAACAGACCUUUUUUUUUUUUGCUUUAAUUCAAGUGAGAUGAAAUUAAAAUUAUUUUCAAAAGGAACUUUUACUAAAAAAAAACAAAAAAGAAAUACCCCAAAACAAACCUAAGAGACCAGAAACUGAUGCUGAAAGAGUUUAAAGGUAUGGGCUUUCUUCUCCAAGGUCAAGUCACAGAUGGGAUUGACUAGUCCAGCUUAGAAAUUAUGGCUUCAGUUCCUUUUCCUCACCCCAAUCCUAUCUGGGAUAUCUACUCCAAAGAUUUCCUUUUCAGUGUUUUUUGGGAUUACUCCCCUCUUCCCCCACCUUUCAGUUUUUUCCCCAGCAAGGCAAAGACUGGAGUGAGAAUAUCAAUCAUAUCUACUGGAUUAGGAGGAUAGCAGGUAGUUAAUGGACCACUUCCAGGUGGAUAGUUCACCCCGAUGUCUCUCAGGAUGUAUAAGUGUAUCAAGAUAAUUGGAAUUAUCCAAAUGUAGGCAACCCUAAAUAUAAGCCAUAUACCUUCCAGCUCUGCUCCAUGAGAUUUCUUUGCAAGUAAAAAACAUUUAGUAUACAGUGAAUAAUAUCAAUCAUAGGCCAAACCAAGGAUUUUUACAAACCAGAUUUGAAGGACAAAAAUGUGAAGGACAAAAAAAUAUUUAGACCAAUAUGGCAGAUGACAGACAUCUGACAAGGUUUUUCGUUCUUUUCCUUAGUAAAAAGACUUUUCUUAGAUUUA